AUGCCGUUGGUAACGGCCGGUGCAGGAGCUGAUGCUCAUUUCAUGCGGCGCUUCGCUACGGCAGGCUGCGAUGCUGUGGUAAAGAUCUGGGAGUUCAGUGACGAGCACAACCGCUACAUUGAGAUCGAUCAGCUCAAGCAACACCGCGACUGGGUGCGUGAUGUGGCAUUUGCACCGAGCUUGGGCUUAGCUCGCACGUACCUAGCAACGGCAUCACAGGACCGCACAGUGCUGAUUUGGACACAGAACACGCCGAAUGACCCUUGGAAGUGUACGCCUCUGCUGCCUAGCACGAAGCCGGAGGACCGCACAAAGUUCCCGGACACUGUUUGGCGUGUGAGCUGGAGUGUGAGUGGCAAUGUCUUGGCUGUUAGCUGUGGUGAUGGAAAAGUGUCGCUAUGGAAGGAGAACCUCAAGGGUGCAUGGGAGUGCAUUAGCGAGUACGUAUGA